GCACGUGCGCAUGCACUUGUUGGUAUAUUGGUAGAAAGUUGAUAAACAUUGUGUACGUUUUCCUAGGUGCAAUUUGCCGUCGUUAACGAGGCGAAGAGUGGCAAUUGCCAGAUUGAAGCAUCCGGCCAACAUGGGCUCCACCUCCCACGAAGUUCGUCUCUUCGUUCUCGUCCUCUGUCCCAGCAAAGAGAAAGGGACGAAGAACGCACUGGAGACCGGGAGGACCUUUUCUACGCUCUUGGCAGACCUGGAAUUCCGACAGAAACUUCUCGAAGCUCAUUCAGAAGAUGAAUUCAAGCGGCUGUUGUCGAAACAGGCGCAGAUCCUGGCCGACGAACAAAACAGCGUCGAGAAACGACUCCUGGAAAACCAUACCGACGUGAAGCGCAUGAUAAUAGGGCAAACGAUCGGAGGGCUGAUAUACGUGGUUCUAAGUGGGCAACCUCUCAUGAUCCUCCUCACGACGGCGCCCCUUGCCAUCUACAUAAAGAUCAUAUACAACAUCUGCGAGGACUUCCAACUCGAUUUCUUUGCAAUGUACUGCUGUGUGGGUCUGUGGAACGCAUUUUUCCUCAUAUGCUACUCCCUUUUCGGAGUGAGUCGUCUGAUGAGGUGGAGCACGAGAUCCACCGAGGAGAUCUUCGCACUCUUCAUCUCCGUCGCCUUCUGUGUCGACGCCACACAAGACGUCAUCAAAGAUUUUGCCAACAACUACUAUUCCCCGGGGUGUAUGGCGACCGGACUGGAGGUAUUGAGGAACGAGAGUGAGCCGUUGAUCGUUCCCUAUUCGCCGAGGAACUUCUCACCAGAUGCCUUCGAUUAUUCGAGUGUCAACUCCUCUCCCGCACACCCAGAGCAGUCCUUCGACGGGUGUCGACGAGAGAGCUCCAUUCUUUUCCUCUUCCUUAUGCUUGGGACCCUCUGGUUAGGUGUCUCCCUUUACAACUUUAAUAAAACGCCGUACCUUCAAGCGAGCAAACGAGAGGCGCUCGCUGAUUAUGCCUUACCCGUUGCUGUGUUGGUGCUCAGCUUUGUUGGAUCUUUCUUGUUCAAGGAUGUCCAUUUGGAACAUUUCAAAUACGACAACACGAGAGUGUUCAACCUGGCGGCGUUGGACAAGCUGUCGGUGGCGGCCAUCUUCGCAUGCAUGGGGCUCGGCUUCUCUCUUUCCUUACUCUUCUUCAUGGAUCAGAACAUCACAUCCGCCAUGGUCAAUAACCCCUGCAAUAAAUUGAAGAAGGGACCAGCGUACCACUUGGACUUGUUCGUCGUGGCCGUGUUGAAUGCAUUCUUGUCCCUAUUUGGGCUUCCCUGGAUGCAUGCCACCAUCCCCCAUUCUCCUCUUCAUGUCAGGAGCCUGGCCGACGUCGAGGAACGCGUCGACCAGGGACACGUCUACGAAAUCAUCGUGACGGUGCGGGAGACGCGGCUGACGGGGAUGUUCUCUCACAUCCUCAUCGGGCUUUCCAUUCUCAUGCUUCCUCUACCGUUGGCCUACAUCCCGACGGCCGUCCUCGACGGGCUCUUCCUUUACAUGGCCGUCACUGCUCUCAACGGGAAUCAGAUGUUCGAGAGGAUUACACUUCUCUUCAUGGAACAGGCGGCGUAUCCUCCGAAUCAUUACAUCCGAAGAGUUCCACAGAGGAAGAUUCAUCAGUUCACGGCGUGUCAGGUGCUUCAACUAUUGUUCAUGUGCGCCGUUGGCUUCUCACCAUGGCCAUACAUCAAAAUGGUCUUCCCCAUCCUCCUCCUCGUUCUCAUGCCCUUCAGGCAUAAGGUGAUCCCGAAAAUGAUCGAGAAGAAAUUCCUAGAUGCACUGGAUGGAGAGCACCAGUAAUGAAUGUGAAUGAUGCUGGACCUCUCCCGACGACUGCUAAAGCAACGAUGACGAUUACAGGAACAAAACCUACAAAAUUUACAGGGACAAAAAAAAAGGAACAAGUCUAACAUCCCCGGUGUGCAAAUGCGAUCUUUCUCUUGCCCGCGCCAUUCUUACACUGUGAUGGGAAAAAACACUGCUCUUCUCUGUUGGAUUUCUGUCUGUGACAUAUUGUUCUCUUGUUGCCCAAGAAGAUAAGAAGAAUAUCAGCUAUUUUUCUCAGUUCAAGAGACGGCGAGGAGACUGUUUUUUCCUUUUUAUAGUUUUUCCUCCUUCUGCAACUCUGGUUGCUUUGUUGGUAGUGUUCUCUUUUCCUUCAAGUAUUCGGAGAGAGGCAAGUAUUCUGUGAAUACUUCUGUUGCUGCUUUUACUGAUAUAAGGAUGGCCCCGCGAUACGAUACUGUUGUUUGCUCAUACGAACUCGCAUGAAUGCUGAUGGAAGUGUGAUUCUUCAUCGAGUGUGACUCACUUGUUUCGACUUCCUUUAGAGAGGUGCUUCGACUAUUUUUGUGAGGAUUCACUGAUUCCAGUGGCUUCCAUGGACGAAACGCCAGGGAAAGCACGACGCCAAAAUGAGAAGCAAUAUAACUCGAAAAAAUUUAAGGCAGGACAUUUCAUGAACUAAGGUGCUGUCCGCUGAUGAGCCAAGCUUCUUUUUCUUCAUCUUCUGUCCUCCGAACUUCAAGAAUUUUUUCUACCAGAGUCCUGCUUUGCGUGACAUGUGAAGAAAGUAUACCCUAAAUCAAACAGAAGCAGUUUAACAGUGUCAUGGCUUCAGUUUGAGCCAAUGGUGAGAGUUAUGAAUUGUUAUUCUCUUCCUCAUCUUACAUUCUAUGCCAAUUUCAUAUUUUCGCAAGGGCUUAUAUUCCUUUGCAGCGGCAGGAUAGAGGGACAAUCCUAAUCUUGAAGGGAAAUAGCAACUGACACCUUCCUUUUCUCCCUCGCAUAGUCUCAUCCUAGGUCUAGUCUGAGAACAAGGGAUUAUCCUUUCUUAGCUAUCGACAUUGCUACCAUAGAAGGA